AUGAGUUUGUUAGAUGAUGAACCAAUAACUGGUUAUGAUAAUCUAAUAAGUACAUCACAGCCUAUUCAACCUGUUCAAGUUUCUUUAUCAGAUGCAGCUAAAAGUAAAUCGGGUCGUUCCAUCCCGCCUGACGUCCUGAUUAGAAUAUUUCAAUAUUUACCUAUUUAUGCUUUGGUUAAUGUUGCUUUAACUUCGAGACGUUUCAAGGUACUAGCUUAUGAUGAUGAAAUUUGGGAUAAUAAACUGCAGGUCAUGUUGGAGAAUGAUCAUGGACCAUUAGCUGCCAUGUUAGCAGAUAAUGAUAACACAAAGGGUUCUUUAAUUGACUCUGAAAAUACAAUAUACAUUAACAAUAAACCUUUAAAUACGCUCAUUCUCGGCAUGUCCACCGAUCCUUACAGUGCUCGAGCAAGAGCAAAAUCAACAGGAAGAUCAAAAGAACAAUUCAAACAGUUGUAUACACAGUUGAUACCCUAUUAUUUAGAUUUGCGAGAUAGAAAUAAAGAAUCGACUAAAGUAUUACAUGAUUUUGGUGGUAACCCCGAAGAAUGUGGUAAAGUCAUUAAUUUAUUAAUUGGCUUGGGACAAUGUCAUGUUGUGGAUGAUUGGAAACAGAUUAAUGAAAAUUUGAAUGCAUUAUCUCAAUAUUUUGAAAGCGCAUCACUUCAUGAAUUCGAGGUCGCUUAUGAUGUACAUAAUAUAAAUGAAAUGAAAUCUUAUGCAAAUGCUUUAAUUGCCUUGAAUGGAGGUUUAACCUGUAUACAAACUUACGUUCAAAAGCAUCCUCUGUUUUAUGAUAAUCCUUUCAAACCAGAAGAUAACUUUGUGAUGUCUUAUGAUGAUUUGACACCUUUUAAGAAGUUAAUGCUUCUUAUUACAGAUGAACUCAAACAGCAAUCCUCAGUAGUAGCAGAAGUAUUUCCUACCAAAAUGGAUGUAUUUUAUAUCUUUGUAGAUCGAGUAUUUGAGGAUGUGAUUGCAGAGUUUGUUAGUCAAUUAUUAAAUAGAGCUAUAUCGAAAAGUACUCAUCUUUAUUUAAUAACUAUGUCAAACGUGUUGAAUUUAAGCAAGAAUAUGAUUGAUAUCUUUACAAAUAACUCCGAUUCACCAAGCAAGAUUGAAACUGACCGCGGAAUUAAUUUAUUAUUCAAACUUUUACUGCCCUUUUUAGAUGACUAUUUAUAUGAAGAAAGUAACUAUGCAGAAAUGACGACUAAAAAAUAUAUUGAAGAAUGGAAUAAUCGAGUGAUAGGAAAUACAGACACUUCUACACGUCUCACAAAUCAAACCCGUGAAACAUUUAAAAGAAAUUAUUUAGCUGCGUUUAAAAAAGUACUCAUAUUACCAGUUGAUUUAGUAUCCACUGCAGCAACGACUAUUGCUUCACCCUUUCAAAAGAAUGCCAAUUUAAAUGAGAAACGAGCUAAUUCUAUUGAUUUAAUCGCUUCACCUCAAUCGACACCACCUUCCACACCCAAGACAAAUCGAUAUUCAUUGGAUCCACCAAGAUCACCUACAGUCGCUUAUGGUAAAGAAAUUAGAGGCCAAUUAGAAUUUGUAGGACAAGAAUUAGAUAUGCUUCAAAAUUAUCUUUCGCUAGAGACUUCAUUACAAUUAAUUCAUGUGAAUAAAGAAUCUGAAGGACGAUUACAACAAUUUAUUGAUAUUGGAUUUCCAGGACGAAUGAAAACAGAUAUUCAUAGAACUUAUGAACAUAUUUUUAUUCAAUUAUUAAAGCUAUUAGGUCAACAUCAUAUUCAACCUGGUUUUGAAAGUGCAUCCAAUCGAUUAUCUUCUUAUAAGCCUAACAUGGAUAGUGCUAAUGAAGAUGUGCCACCACUCACUGAGUUCUUUGAACUUGUUCAUGUAGCCGACGUUAUUCAACAAAUGAUUCAACUUUAUUAUGACGAAGAAAUCACUAAAAAUGUAGAUAAACUUGAUUUCUUGAAUGAAGUGAAUAAAGAAAAAAAGUCAUUUGAAAGAUUGUUAGAUGAUUGUGUAGCACAGGGAAUGGAUCGUGGUAUUCAGGUGCUCUUAUCACAAGUAGAAUUCAUUUUAACUCAUGAACAAAGAAAAGAAGACUAUAAUCCACCCAACGAUAUGAUACCCGACCUCAAACCCACAAAGGCUUGUCAAGAUACAAUUCAAUGUUUAAAGACAAAUACUUCCAUGUUAGUAGGUGCAGCAGAAAAGGCUACAAUGGAUUUAUUCUUUAAUGAAAUUAGUAGAAGAUUUUUCGAAAUUCUAUGUAAACAUUUAAAAUCACAAACUGUAAAUGAAACAGGAGGCUUUAGAUACAUUAGUGAUAUGAACGCUUAUUAUGACUUUAUAUUAACUUUAAAACAAAAGACAAUUACACCUUACUUUUUAGCACUCAAAUCGCUCGCUAAUCUUUAUAUCAUCGAAUCAGCAACUGAUAUAAAAUUACUUAUUCAUGAUUUAGAACGAUAUCACGGUUUAAUGAGAGUAGAAGAUUUAUUUGAAUUUGCUGCUUGUAGAAGUGAUUGGCCUAUGAUUAAGAGAGUUGUUCAAAAGGACAUAACAGAUUGUUGUAUUAUGUAA